AUGCCACUCUCAAGCAGAACAUCAGUGCAGGCGCGAGAGACCAUUCAGCGGGCAUACAAGGAGCUGGAGAGCGCUGUCUCAGUGCCUGAUGCUAGCCGCUUCCGUGAAACGACCAUUGAGGAUGUGCAGAAGACCUGCCAAAUUCUCGAGAAUGAACUGGGAGCCCGAGGACUCCUCCGAAACAUGGGUCGACUAGAGCCGCUUCUAAAGGGGCUGGAGUGUUACGGCAAGGUCGUUGAUACGCUUUGUCAAGGUACACCAUUUUUGCCUUGGAUCUGGGCACCGAUAGUCACCAUCCUCAAGAUCGGGUCGGACUGCAUUAAUGCUUUCGAGACACUCAUCAAAGCCUACGCAAAGAUUGGGCAGUCGCUCACAAGAUUUGAGAGUCUGCGACGAACUUUUGACAAUGAUGCAGCAUUCCAGGACAUUGUCGCUGUAUUCUAUCGCGACAUCGUCAAAUUUCACGGGUGCGCAUACAAGUUUGUCACUGCAAAUGGAUGGAAAACCUUUUUCCGAACAAUCUGGGGUCGUUUCGAAAGACAGUUCCAUGCGAUCUUGGAAAGCCUCGAUCGACAUGCCGAGCUCAUCGACAAGGAAGCGAACGCAAGAAACAUUGCAGAUACCCAAAGGCUGCUGAAGCAACUGGAAACAGAGAGCAAAAGCCGUCUGGAAAAAGCCCGCUCCGAAGAGAACGCGCAGAUUGCGCAAUAUUACCAAGACAUCGUCGCACGGCUCCAAGUCAACGAAGCUGAUCAAGUCUCCAUAUGGGAGACUCUAGUUGGGGCUAUUCCGGGCGGAGAGUCUACCUGCGACUGGGUUUUGCGGCACGCAAAGAUUAGCUCUUGGCUCAGUAUCACUGGCACAACUUACUCGCUAUGGAUCCAAGGCACGGCUGGGACGGGGAAGAGCGUCAUAGCAGCGCAUCUAGCUCGCUUUCGCUCGGCCAACAACGACAUUGUGGUUCGACAUUUCUGCAACGACCUCUACGAUUCUUCGAUGAAGUAUGAUCAGAUCUUGAAAUCUGUCAUUCGGCAGCUAGCCGAGCAAAGCGACGAUGCUAUAGCGUACAUGCACGACGUGCUAAGGACUGAUCGAAAGCCUCUGACUGCCUCGGCUUUGGAACGUGUUGCAGGGCAGCUAAUUACUCUCAUUUCCGGGUCGCAGAAGGACGUAAAAGGUGUUUGGAUUAUUAUUGACGGAAUAGAUAUCUGUGAGCUGGCCGACUUGACCCGCUGUGUGGGUUGGCUGGACUCAAUCACCACACGAGACAAGACGGUUGGGGCAGGCUCAUGCAAAGUUUUGUUCACGAGCCGUCGCGAGCCUCCCAAGAAGAACGCACGGCACAGGUCUCUGGUAACUUUGGGAGAAGAAGCAAACAGUGUCAAGGAAUCUAUCCGCCAUUAUACCGGCCGACGUCUGCAGCUGUCCCCGAUCGCUGAAAGACUCAGCCAACUGGGGCUGGAUUCGGAAGCAGUGGCGCAGCUGGCAAGCGAAAUCUCGGGCAAAUCAGAUGGCAUGUUUUUGUAUGCGCGACUCAUCAUCGAUUAUUUGACGAAGCAGCUCUUCCGAACAAGCGAAGAGUUGAAAGACGCUCUGCACGAGUUGCCGCCUGAAUUGAAAGGCUUUUAUCACAAAAUCGUAUCAAACAUUCUAUCACAUCUCAGCCCUGCAUCGAUCGAAAGCGUCAGAUGCGUUUUGCAGUGGGUUGGCUUCUCGGCUGUUCCGCUGAAGAAGGUGGAAUUACUUUCCGCCGUCACUUUUACUCUCGGAGAUGAAAACGCCGAUCGGCUUGUGCCCUUCUUUUUUCUCCAUGACUGCUUCGCCUUGCUGGAAGAAAAACCUGACAAGACCAUCGCAUAUUUGCAUGCUACUGUCAAAGAUUUUCUGCUAGAUACAGAGAGCCCACUAUCCCUCAACAGAGACUCAAUCAAGCGACAGCUCACAUUGGGGACAUUGACCUGCUUGUCGGCGGCGGCAAAGGUGUUUGGUCCACACAGCAAUGCUCAAUCAGCGCGCCUACUCACUGUGCGCGGAGUCUUUGCAUUCUUGAACUAUUCGUCGAAGCAUUGGAUUGAAUAUGUGUUUUCCUACGCUGAAGACUGCUACAAGAAUGGCAAGCAGGACGCAGAAUUCGAAAAUGUCAUCAAUAGCCUGGCGCACGAGCUUCGUGAAGUCCAAGUGGAAAGUGGAUUUCAAAACGAACUAAUGCACAAAGGAUUACAUGUAUCCGAUGCAAGAGCAGAGUACUUGCAGUGCCAUCCUGCCAUUCUCCCUGCCAUGCAGGCUGCACUAGUAUCGCAGACCGAGGUACUUGAUCCGAGCAGUAACAUUGCGACAAGCAGCCCAUGCCAAGUCAAUUCGAAUGACGACGGAGUGGCCGUCAUCCUCAAGCAAUAUCAGGAGGCUGUUCUUUGGGUGCUUACCCAAGGCUACUUUCUCGGUGUAUCAAAAGAAGACUUUGAGCUAUUCAAGACGCAAGCACAAACAUUACUAUACACAUGUCGCUUGCCCUCCUGCCCCAGAUCUUCGAUUGGCUUUGAGACUGAAGCCGAUAUCUCCGCUCACGAGCUCGAACAUAGCAGACACUACCACUGCCAGGCAGAAGGGUGCCAGUUUCCAUCAUUCAGCUCUUUCUACCUGCUGGAGAAGCAUAGAAAGAAACACCACCAGCAGCAUGCAGAGAAAAGAAAGCUGCGACGUGUCAAUAGCAUUGCUCUAAGUGCAUCAGCGCCCUUCGCAAAGGAAAGAACCUUGCUCAAGCUUCAGAGUGGCAUACAGCCCAACCCAAUCGAAAUGGCCUCCUCCAGCAGGCAACAGGUGCCGCCGCGGAUCCCGCCUCACCAGCGUGUCAUCAAUUCCCCGACCGACAUGGCUCUCCAACAACAGCAACAGCAGGUUGCUCCUGCUACCCCUCACGAUCACCACAAUCUCAGCGAGAAGAAUCUCGCUCACUUACCAAGCAAUCAAGAGGACCAAAUGUCAAAUGCAAACAUACCCUUAAAUGCGUCCAAUGUCGGUGGUUGGAACAACGGCCGCUAUCCACUUUUUCCCCGACCGGAUAACUUUGCUCAAAAUGGAGCGGAACUUACUGACGUUAGAGAGGGCAUAUUGUCUUUGGAUGGUGAAUCGAAAAUACCGCGAACGAAAAUACCGCGAAAUCAAGAGUUCGAUGGCAGUCGGUUUACAGAUGCGCCAGACACUGCGGAGCCAGAGUUCCCACUGGAAAGAGUCAAUCUUGAUGAGUAUGAAAUCCAGUUAAUGCUGCUCAAACAGGAGAACCUGAAACGGCGCAUGCUCGCCCGGGCAGAGCAAGAUGGAACUCUCAGGCGCGCCUUGGCAGACGAAGAAGCUACAGCUGACACUUGA